AUGCUGCAAUCUUCAUCAUCUUCUUCUGAAGAAGAAUUAAGUGUUCAUUUUCGAUUCCAAGAUCACAGUUCAUUAUUUUCUAUUAUUAAUGUCAAUAAAAUAUUUAAAAAGAAUUUUUUUCUUAGAAUAUCGUUAGUAAAUGAAGAUAUUGAAUGUGCGAUUGUUGCCGUACAAACAGUUCGUUGGUAUCCAUUACCAGAAUUUGUUCUUAUUCAUAAAGAUGAAUCUGUUUUAAAAGAUAUCGAAUCAUUAGAAAAUUUUCGUUUAAAUGUAUAUAAAGUAACAUUAUCUCAAGAUUGUGAACUUUAUGAUGUCGAACUGCAUACUGAACCAAAUUAUCCAACACUAGGCAAAAAAUUUGGUGUUAAAUCAAUCGCUGAAAAAAUUCGUCAAAUGACUGAUACAGAUAUUGAGAAACUAUUGUCAAAAGGUGAAAGUGAAAGUCCAUUAAUAAUAAUUGAUGAUGUACCAAUUGAAUCUGAAGGUGUUCAUUUUUUUUUUCGUGUGGUGAAACAAACACAAUUUGAAGCUAUUGCUAAACAAGGAUGUGUUGUUUUACUUGAUUAUACAGCGGAUGCAGCAUUAAAAGAUGAAGGCCGUAUUCAGGAAAUUACAAGUCGAAUUCAAAAACUUCGAAAAGAGGCCUUUUUUUAUGUCAAUUAUUAA